AUGUCCCUGACGUCGAACUUGCAAUGGGAAUGAGACUUAAUCCGGCAUCGGUAAAGGAGGGAUCAGACGUAUUUUUCGAAUGUCGAGUAACAUCCAAUCCCAAAUUCUAUAGAAUAUCUUGGGUCCAUGAGGGUAAUGUAAUGGAGCAUAACGUUACUGCAGGCGUAAUAUUUUCCAACCAGACCUUAGCGUUACAGAAGGUUGGAAAGGACCGUGCCGGCCGAUACUACUGCCGUGCAACAAAUCUUCACGGCGAAGGUGUAUCCAACCCGAUACACAUUACUGUAAUGUACACUCCAGUAUGUUCCCCAGGACAGAAGCUCGAGUACCAAGUUGCUCAUCAUGAAACUGCCAAUAUUACAUGCCUCGUCGAUGCCGUACCGGAUAAUGUUACUUUCACCUGGAGAUUCAAUUCAUCUGGGUCCUUGCUUGAGUUGAGUGAUGACAGGGCUUCAUCAUGGGGUACUACAAGCAUCUUGCCAUACACUCCUGCAUCUCCUGGUGAUUACGGUCUUCUGCUGUGUACAGCCUCCAAUUCCAUUGGCACACAACAUCUACCCUGUCGUAUCAACGUCACUGCCGCCAAGCCCCCAGAUCUUAUAGACGAUUGUGUCAUCCGGAAUCAGACAACGCACUCCGUAUUCGUUUCAUGCAAGGGAGUCCCGACUGUCCUGCCACGUUCUUUCACAAUGGAGGUGAGAAAUUCGGAAGACUUACGAUUAAUAACGAAAGUUACAAAUGCUACGCCACACUUCGUAGCGACAGGGCUGGAUUCUGGUACAGCCUACACUCUGCAUGUAUCAGUUCACAGUCCCAUGGGAGCCUCGUCGCCAAUCAAGUUGGAAGCAUUUACUGUAAAGACUGCUGAGAAAAGGAUGGGAAUCAACGAGUCAGAGGAAGAAGAAUUGAGUGUAUCACCGCUUAUUGGAGUCGUGGCUGGUGCGGCUGCAGCAAUUGCCAUGACACUUUUGAUUAUUUUAGGUUUAGCAAUAAAGCAUUGUCCUAGAAGGCAGUCGACAAAUGAUCAGCAUUAUGGCAUUGCACACGGUUCCUUAAUAUCUGAGUGUUCGCCCAAGGAAACACUUAGUACUUUCAGCAGACCAUCACCGGCAUCUGAAGAAAGGAACCCAGAUUUAAUACCUUUAAAGGAAGGUGAGCACUUUCCAACGCACAGACAGGUCCUCAACUCAAAAAUAAUGUGGAACUUUUUCAUCAACCCGUCCGAAGUGGUCCAUUGGGCUUUAAGAACAUAUUUAUUUUUGAUAAAGAUGGUGGCAUUAGUUUAAUGACGGAACUUGCUGCUUUUUACACCAUACUAAAUGCAUCAUAUUAUGAAACCAACUAAAUAAUAUUUUAUUGAUCUUCAGCUUCAAAGUUGAAUUCAUGAGCAGAAUUACGGUAAAAUUA